AGCCACGCGCAGCCCCCCAGCGCGCUCCCGGCCGCGCAGCGAAGUUCCAGGGCGCGGGGCCGAGUCGCUCGCGGUACCUGCUCGGCUGCGCGCGGCUCUGGAGCUCCGCCGCCGCGGAACAGUUGCGUCCCCAUCUGGCUCCCAACCCACCCGCGCCUCCGUCUCCUCCACCACCACCUUGCAGCCGUCCCCGCCGCCCCCUCCUCCGCGGCUUCGCUCCCCGCCCCCGCCCCAGUCUCCUCCUCUUUUUCUCACUACGAGCGCGGCGGAGGCUGGAGCCCAGCGUCCCCCGGCUCCCGCGGCAGACAUGGCGACGCUGACGGCGGUGCAGCCGCUCACCCUGGACCGAGAUGUUGCAAGAGCAAUUGAAUUACUGGAAAAACUACAGGAAUCUGGAGAAGUACCAGUGCACAAGCUACAGUCCCUCAAAAAAGUGCUUCAGAGUGAGUUUUGUACAGCAAUUCGAGAGGUAUAUCAAUAUAUGCAUGAAACGAUAACUGUUAAUGGCUGCCCCGAAUUCCGUGCAAGGGCCACAGCAAAGGCAACAGUUGCAGCCUUUGCAGCUAGUGAAGGCCACUCCCACCCCCGGGUAGUCGAACUGCCAAAGACCGAUGAAGGCCUUGGUUUUAACGUGAUGGGAGGAAAGGAGCAAAAUUCCCCAAUUUAUAUCUCUCGCAUCAUUCCUGGAGGGGUGGCUGAAAGACACGGAGGACUCAAACGAGGAGACCAGCUGCUCUCUGUGAAUGGUGUGAGUGUGGAAGGAGAACACCAUGAGAAAGCUGUGGAAUUACUCAAGGCUGCUAAGGACAGUGUCAAGCUGGUGGUCAGAUACACCCCAAAAGUCCUGGAAGAAAUGGAGGCUCGCUUUGAAAAGCUACGGACAGCCCGGCGUCGACAGCAGCAGCAAUUGCUCAUUCAGCAGCAGCAACAGCAACAACAGCAACAAACACAACAAAACCACAUGUCAUAGGCCCUUGAGGAAAAGCUACUUGAUCAGACAUCUGAUAGUCACAAAUUUGAAAUCGUGCUUCAGAAUCCCAGCACAUAGAAAAAGACAAUACCAAUAAUUAUACCUGUCAAGAAGCUGUGAACACAUGGUGUAUAAAUUCUUUACCAAGGCAACUCGACACCUCCUUUCUCCGGGCCCGCACCCCCUGCUCAUGCGCUCUUUACACACACAGACCUUUGGUCCACCGCAGUGGGAAUUCCCAGUGGGUAGAGGGAGAGAUUUUCCAGUCUACAGCCUGAAACAGGAUAAAAAGAAGAAAGUCUGUGACUUUCAAAUAGAUCACUGGGGCCAAAACUAAGUCAGUCUCUGGUCUGUGGCUUUUCCAGAGAAUAGCAAACCCCUCCUUAGGUUGUAGUUCAAACUGCAUCAGUUCAAGGUUGCUGCCACUUGAUUGAGACCUAUCCUUUGCCCCUCCCCUGACCUGUCCCACAACCCAUAUUUCUGAGUUAUCUGAACUGGAAUUCCAGUGAAUUGAAAAUUCAGCAUCCAGUCUCCUCCUGAAAAUGGAAAGUUACUAUACUAGAUCUUCUUUUCAGACUCUAGGAACAAUUGGCUUCUUAAUUUUUGUUUUCAUGAACUUUUAUGCAUUAACAAAAUGGGACAUUUUUAGCUCAACUUUUAGUUUAUUAGAAGCAAGGGUGGGAACCCAGUGCUAUACUUUUUUUAAUUUAAAUAUUGCUUGCAUCUAUUAUUGUAAAUCCUAACAGAAUAUAAUGUAUAUUUAUUCCACAAAAUAUAUAUUAUCAGAGUACAUUUGUUAUAAUUUAGUCUUUCCUUACCAAGAGUUAUGCUCCUGGUAAGAAAAUAUUAGCAAAGGACCAAUCAUCAUGAACUGACUAUAUAUAUACAUACAAAUGUGUAUAUAUAUACACAUGUGUAUAUACAUACACAUGUGUGUAUAUAUAUAUAUAUGUGUGUAUAUAUAUACACUCUUCCUUCUCUCAAUUUUUCUUGUUUUAUAUUUUUGAUUGAUACACUCUGGAGAAUCUAAACUCUUUUCUGUAUACACUGAUAUGCUGUCAUAGAUGUCUAUUUGACAUUUCAAAGCUUUGGGCUUUCAAAAAUGGACAUAUGCAAACCAGUGAUAUCAAUUUUGUGAAUGACAAAUGCUUUCCUCUAGAAGGAAAGAGUACUUACUUUGUUUCACAUUCCUAUAAAUAAAUAGAGAAGAAAAUAUCUUUGGAAAGAUCUGCUAAGAGCCUUGUAUACAAAUAACAAGUUUUUACUUGCAGUAAAUCUGGGCACUUAAUCUGGUUUUAAUUUAUGGAAUUAAUGGGAAGUAAUGAAUAAAUACGUAAAGCACAAAAUUUAUCUGAGAAAAAAAAUUAUUGCCCAGUUAAUCAGUCUACAUAAAACAUUCAACAGAGGCACAUAUUUGAAUAUUCCCUUUUCUCAAAUGCAGCCAUUCAUUUGCCAAUGUACAAUAAUUUUGACAUUUCAGAUAGUCUGCCCCAAAACAGAAAUUUAUGAAACACAGCUGAGAGACUAUCUUUUAGAAAAUAUAACAAAACCAACAGAAUUACUUUGCCCUGGUGCCCAGUGUGAUUGUCAAUAUUAAGUCUUCACUCUGCAUAGAGCUUUACUUACAGGAGACAAACAGCAAGGGAUCUAAGGAGUGUGUCAGUGUCUUGCUGUGACAAGUUCCCACCAUUAAGAGCAUAAUCAUAUUUUACUAGAGAGAGGUGGAGAUGUAAGUAGGGACAGUGAGGACCCUGAAUGUUAUGUAAAAUAGGUUUAUAAAAGAGACAAGCAUGACAUAAGGCAUAAAUGGAGACAAUAUGGGUUUUAUUCAGUUUGAAAGAUAGUUCUCAUUUUUAUAAAAAAAAGUAAUAAAACAUAUAUUUUAGUUAUUUAUCAAAGAAAUAUUAGAGGUAUUCAGGCAGUACCACAAGAUUCUCAUAAAAAGAAAUCAUUGCACCCUUGUAACAAGAAAAUAGUCAUCAAUACAUUUCAAUACACUGUAUUAAUUUGGAUCUUAAGGUAAGUAUGUUUUUGUUUAGUUGUUAAAUGUUCAGUGAAUAUAAACUUAUAUGAUUUCACAUCAAUUUGAUAUUAUUACAGUAUUACAGAAGCAACUAUCAAAUGAGCAGAUUCCUUAAAUUUCUGCUUUCUAAAAGUUUUGUACUUUUAUGCUUCUUUUGCAUAAUGUUCAGUGCUGAUAAAUGUUUUCCAGGUUGUUUGUCAAAGUGAAAUGGCAAUAUGGUCUUGUAUACAAAUUACUAAAGUUGAGUUUGUUCAAAUGUAAACUUUCCCCUAAAUUUUUAAGCAAAAGUAACCAUCCCUAGACUUAAAGAAGCCAUUUCUGGUUCUCUCACGUUUCACAGAAGUCAAAGGGAAAGAAAACAAUUAUCAUCAUGUGUACUCGUACUCUUUAUUAUUAAUGAUCACAUUACAGCCACUGACAUACCCUAUGUCAUAUUUUGAAAAAAAGGCUACUCUUUAUUGAAGCUCAGCCCUUUAUAUAAUAAACAAAUCAGGCAUUAAAAGCUAGGGGGAAAAUUUGUUGUGACUUUUCAUCAAAGAUCUUGGUGAACUUUGUCCCCUGAUCAAGCUAGUGACCAGUGGAAUAGAUUUUUCUAAACUCCUUUCUGCUAUGAUUUUAAAAGCAGAUACACAAAGCAUAGCUCAGUAAUAGAAUUCCUGAACCUUUUCAUUGUUACAUUUACAUUUUGAUUCUCUUGCCAUAUGGAAUAGAACAUCUGCAGGGAGAUAAUGAGUUUAAAUUGCAAUUGACUUUGGAAAGAAUAACAGACUUUUGUGCUUCCUCAGUCAUGUAAUCAAUAGGGAAUUCUCUAGUUAUGUGAACUACCACUAUCUUUUAAGACAAUGCUAAGAUCUAACUGCAAAAGCUAACAUUCAGGGGCCUUUUAAGGAUUUGAGACUUAUCUGGGAAGAACUUUGCUAGGUGUGAAUUAUACCAAUUUACAAAUGCAGUUUUCAACUGUGAUCUUAUCUCAUUUCAGUUUAUUCAGCUGUACAUAUAGGACUCCAAGGCAUAGGAUAUUUUGUCUACAUUACUUUAAACAUCUAUAGAUAUUUGUGGAUGUGUGAUUAAUGCCUGAAUUUAUCAUCUUUUAGAUAGUUGUGCUUGCACAUAGACUUUAAGACCAGCAUUAGACAACAUUAUAAAGUAGAGAUCAAGGUUUUGAAGAUUCGUGGAGGCCAGUACACAGUAAGAUAUUCCAAAACAUGAAAUAGUCCCCCUGCUCUUGUCCCCUCUCUAGGCCACAAGCUCUAUGACACAAAAGGGGCUGUGACAGCCAUAUUGAUUACUCAGCACAAUACAGGUACUCAAUGAAUAUUUGUUGAAUGCAUGAUUAAAGAGGUGGAUAACGAAGUAAAUGCAUUUGCCUUCUGAUAAUUUCACUGGCUUAUUAUCAUAUCAAUUGGCACUGUAAUUUCUAACUAUCAUUAGAAUCAGAAUUGACUCUUCAUACUUUCUAGGUAUGUGAAUUUGGAAUCAAAUUACUUCAGAAGGCUUCAGGGCCUCAUGGACCUUUAAUAAGGAACAUGUUCAGGAAUUCAAAUUUUGUUGAUAAAUAGAGUUAAAACUUUCUGUUUCUCUCUGAAAGCACUUUGAAUUAUUUGGCAGGAAUUAUGUGGAAUGGAACCACAAAAGUGGAGCCAUAUUUCUAAAUUUUAUAAAACAUUAUGUUUUAGAUUGUAAAAAGGAAGAAGAGUCACAUCAUCCACCAUAGGAUUUGUGUCCUGUUAAAUAUUUAUUAGCAUUUCUCUAAGGAAUCCAUAGUCACAUGGAGUCACCAUUCCUAAACCUUGUUUUAAGGAUUAUUCUUUUCUAUACUUGGUUCCUAGAAUUUACUUGACCUAAAAAAUAAUAUCCCCACUCAACAUUACCACAUAUUUAUCCAUUUAACAAAUAUUUCUUGUGUGCCUGUACAUGUUAGGUUCUGGAAACACAAUGAGAAAGAAGAAUGACAUAGUACUAUCGUGGAGCUUUUCAUGAGAAUCUUCUCCACACUGAACUCUAGCCCUAACUAGAGUUUACUGUCCGUUGAGUCCCAUUCACACCUUCUGGAAAUAAUAAAAUUCUUUGCCCCAUGGAAAUCAUGAAAGACUCCCUCACUUUUCUGGACAUAGCACUCAAAACUCCUGCUUAUUUGAUCCACAAAGCACAAUUAUAAUCCAGUGAGGUUGGUACAUAUUGUUCUUAACAUGUAGCUACUACACCAAGUGCUUUCACGGACAAUCUCAUUGACUCCCUUCUAAAACCCUAUGCAGUCAGUUCCAUUUUAUACACAAGAAAAUUAAAGCACAGCUAUGUUAAGUGACUUGUCCAAGAUCACACAGCUAGCAGGAGGAAUCACAAGAGCUCAUAUCCCUAGUUGUUACCUGUGGCUUUGGGGCACACUACUCCAUGAGAAUGAAGAAGUCAUUAAAAUAAAUGAGUCAUUGUAUAUAAAAAAUACUUUGAAAUUAUAAAGUAGCAUACAGAAGAUAUUAGAAAACUAUUAUUCAUAUCACAUCAGUGGUGAAAACAGGAAUAGAACUCAACCUUACGUUACAGCUUACUCUCAUGAAGAAUACUUCAAGUGAGAAACAUGGAAAAAAGGAAUGAUCCAGGAAAUUUCUGACGCCGUAAAUAUUUCAGUGAGUUUCAGAAUUAUUUAUUGCUAGUCACUGUGUCUAUUUGGUGCUACAAAAACUUAAAGAAAAUCCCUGCUGUAAGGGCUUAUAAUAAAUACACAGUGUGGAGAUGAACCAAGGAUAUUUCACAUGUAAGGGGAAGGAUUAAGCAGUUGUACCAUUUUUUCAUCAUUGCAUGUCCAUCGUGUCUUUCUAAUUGUUUUCAUUAUUUUUCUGAAAGAACUGCAAAACUGUGCAGUGGUUCAACCUGACCAAAGUGGUAUUAUGCUGCUGGGAAGUAAAAGUAUUAGACACCAAA